AAUUAUGUGUCUUAGUUAUAUUUCGUGCAGUUGUUACCUUUUUCACACGUAUUUCUAGUUUUUGCUUGUUAAAAAAGUGUUUCGUCUUCUUUAGAUAACAUAGACUGCGUGCAAAGUGUCAGACAAAAUUUCGCCUUUUCUUCUCACCUGGACAUUAGCUAGCUAGCAUCGCUAGCCUGGUCAGCUGAAGGAGAUGGCUGCAGUAAUUUUGAGUUUUCCCACUCUGUGUGGGCUGAGAAUUCUUCCACGGAAGCUGACAUGGACCAGAAAAGGCGUCAGGCUAGCCUCGGGAGGAGUUGAGAGGAUCGAAAAGGUGCUGAUUGCUAAUCGGGGAGAGAUUGCGUGCCGUGUGAUGCGUACAGCUAAAAAGAUGGGCGUGCGUUCCGUGGCGGUGUACAGCGAUGCAGACAAAAGCUCCAUGCAUGUGGCAAUGGCAGAUGAAGCUUAUCACAUCGGCCCUCCUCCUUCACAACAAAGUUACCUCUCCAUGGAGAAAGUUUUGGAGGUGGCCAAGAAGUCAGGGUCGCAUGCAGUUCAUCCCGGUUAUGGGUUUCUAUCAGAAAACACAGAGUUUGCAGAGGCAUGUAAACGGGAAGGAAUCAUCUUCAUCGGGCCUCCCUCCUCUGCCAUACGAGACAUGGGUAUUAAGAGCACAUCCAAGCACAUCAUGUCAGCUGCCGGGGUACCAAUCAUAGGUGGUUAUCAUGGCGAGGACCAAUCAAACGAGAGGCUGCUGGCGGAAGCCUCAAAGAUCGGCUUUCCCGUGAUGAUCAAGGCAGUCCGGGGUGGAGGAGGGAAGGGAAUGCGGAUCGCUCGCUCAGAAUCCGACUUCUUGGAGCAAUUGGAAUCUGCAAGAAGAGAAGCCAGGAAGUCUUUUAAUGAUGAUGUCAUGCUGGUGGAGAAGUUUGUGGAAGAUCCCAGACACGUAGAGGUUCAGGUGUUUGGCGACACGCAUGGCAACGCUGUCUACCUGUUUGAGAGGGACUGCAGCGUCCAGAGGAGGCAUCAGAAGAUCAUAGAGGAAGCUCCGGGGCCAGGAAUAAGCCCUGAGGUUCGGAGGAAGCUCGGGGAGGCGGCGGUCAGAGCCGCCAAAGCUGUCAACUACGUCGGUGCAGGUACGGUGGAGUUCAUCAUGGACGCUCAGCACAACUUCUACUUCAUGGAGAUGAACACCAGGCUGCAGGUGGAGCAUCCGGUCUCUGAGAUGAUCACAGGAACCGACCUGGUGGAGUGGCAGCUCAGGGUGGCAGCAGGGGAGCGCCUGCCCCUCCUUCAGGAUGACAUCAUCCUGAGAGGACACUCUUUCGAGGCCCGCAUCUACGCCGAAGAUCCAAACAACGAUUUCCUUCCAGGGGCGGGGCCUCUGCUGCAUCUGUCCACGCCUCCGGCGGACCGACACACCCGCAUCGAGACCGGAGUCAGAGAAGGAGACGAGGUUUCUGCUCAUUAUGACCCCAUGAUUGCCAAGCUGGUGGUGUGGGGGGAGGACCGCUCCGCUGCCCUAAAGAAGCUGCGCUAUUGUUUGCGGCAGUACAAUAUCGUUGGACUGAACACCAACAUCGACUUUUUGCUGAGCCUCUCCGGACAUCCGGAGUUUGAGGCUGGAAACGUGAGCACCAGCUUCAUCCCUCAGCACUACGCCGACCUCUUCCCCACUCCAAGAGCACCGUCGGGGUCAACCAUCUGCCAGGCCGCCCUGGGCCUGAUCCUGCAGGAGAAGAAACACACGCAGGACUUCAUAAAAACCUCCACAGAUCCGUUCUCCCCGUUCGGCUGCAGCAGUGGGUGGAGAAACAACGUGGAGUUCAACAGAAACAUGACGCUGCAGAUCGGUGACAAGAAAAUCGACGUGGUUGUCAUUUACAAGAACGAUGGGAGCUACAAAAUUCUGGUUGGCGAGGAGGUUUAUGAUGCGACGGGGGAGAUGGAGGAGACCGGGGAAGCUUCAUUCCUGCAUUGCUCUGUAAACGGAGUGAAGUCUUGCCCGAAACUGGUGAUUCUGGACAGCACAGUGCACCUGUUCUCCACGGAGGGGAGCUCCCAGGUGUCUGUUCCUGUACCAAAGUACCUGGCUGGAGUGAGUGGGGCGGGGGCCCAGGGCGGAGCUGUGGCCCCCAUGACUGGAACUAUCGAGAAGGUGCUGGUAAAAGCUGGAGACAAAGUGGCGGUUGGAGACCCACUCGUGGUCAUGAUUGCCAUGAAGAUGGAGCACACCAUCCGCGCGCCCAAAGCCGGCGUGAUAAAGAAGGUGUUCUUCAGCGAGGGCUCUCAGGCUAAUCGCCACGCUGCUCUGGUUGAGCUGGAGGAGGAAGAGGAGGGGGAGAAGGAGGAGAGCAGCCAGUAAACCCCCCCACACAUACCUUAAAUGUAGCCCCCAGAAACAGUCAGGUCAGAGCGAGCUGGAAGGGGUUAAAGAGGAGAAUGGGACCGAACUCGUCUGCUGGAGAGUCGGAUGCGUCAUGACUACUUUAGGUUGAAGCCUUGGAUGAUUCUUCUGCUAAAAUCUUUGACGAAUUGGCCUGACUUUAAUAUUUGCUUUUGCAGAACUGUGACCACUACAUGAACACAUCUAUAGUCUGACUGAGGAGUUAAACAUAAUGUUACAAACACUCCCGAAUUAUUCCUGCCGUGGUUGAAUACGUUUUUGUGGCCUCAUUUGGCUCCAAAUCACCUCUGCAGGAUGAAAAGUUGGUCACAGAGCUUGAAGUGGAUAGAUGUUUGCUUUGGUUAAAAUCCCGCGGUCACACCGUGACCACAGACGGCCUGAGCCGCCGCCGUUUCUGCAGAUCACUCUCCUUACUAACCGUGUGAUGAGGCCUUUUAAUAGAGUCUUUUAUACAAAUGUAGAGCGUUUCUCCUUUGGAUCAUUUGUAAAUGAUGGAAAAAAAAACAUGUAUGUAUAAAACAGCUUUGGGUGACACUUGUAGGUUUAAAGCAACUAGAAAAAUAAAUCUUGUUCCAUUUGA